CCUCCCGGUUUUGAUCGGCGGCAGGAGGAGGAUGGCACUGCGCCGGACGGGCUCUGUCUGUCUGUCUGUCCUCGGCGGUCCAUUAAGAUUUUAAUUAGCCUGAUAACGCGCCGUUUGACAUUUACGACGGUCCCGGCGUGGGGGAGCGACCAUAAACGCACCGCUCCGAUUAUGGAAAAGGAGUGCAGGUUUGAAGUCCUGUGAUCACAUCGGCACCAGGGCCAGCCAGGCGGCCAGUCAGCCGACAGCCAGGCCCACCGACACCAACAGGGAGACCCUCCUACCGCGCCCCAACCGCUGCACCCGUCCCUCUCCACCCUCAACAUGUCCAUCCCCAGCGGCAGCCCAGAAAGAGAGGGCUCUGGUGGGACCCCCCCUCAGCUCGAGUGCCCUUCUUCCCCUCCCAGCAUGGACGCAGACCCCUCGUCCACGGGCAGCCCGGUUCUCAGCCCGGAUUCUUCUUCCCACGAUGCAGUGCUGUCGGCACCGGCAGCCUCCCCAGCGGACUCUGAGAACCUGAGUCCUGAUGAGCUGGAGCUGCUGGCCAAACUGGAGGAGCAGAACAGGCUGCUGGAAGCCGAUUCCAAGUCCAUGCGGUCGAUGAGCGGCUCCCGACGCAACAGCGGUUCCUCGCUGGUGUCCAGCUCCUCGGCCUCCUCGAACCUGUCGCACCUGGAGGAAGACACCUGGAUCUUAUGGGGACGCAUAGUCAACGAGUGGGAGGAGUGGAGACGCAAGAAGGACAAACUCCUGAAGGAGUUGAUCAGGAAGGGCAUCCCUCAUCAUUUCCGGGCCAUCGUCUGGCAGCUGCUGGGCAACGCCACCGACAUGCCGGUGAAGAACCAGUACUCGGAGCUGCUAAAGAUGUCGUCCCCCUGCGAGAAGCUCAUCCGCCGAGACAUCGCCCGCACCUACCCCGAGCACGAGUUCUUCAAAGGCCAGGACAGUCUGGGGCAAGAAGUCCUCUUCAACGUCAUGAAGGCGUACUCUCUGGUGGAUCGAGAAGUGGGCUACUGCCAAGGCAGCGCGUUCAUCGUUGGCUUGCUUCUGAUGCAGAUGCCAGAGGAGGAGGCGUUUUGCGUUUUCGUGCGUCUGAUGCAGGAGUACCGUCUGAGGGAGCUGUUCAAACCCAGCAUGGCAGAGCUCGGUCUCUGCAUCUACCAGUUCGAAUAUCUGCUACAGGAGCAGCUUCCAGAGCUGAACGUCCAUUUCCGCUCCCAGAGUUUCCACACGUCCAUGUACGCCUCGUCCUGGUUCCUCACCCUUUUUCUCACCUUCCUCCCUCUGCCUGUUGCCACGCGCAUCUUUGAUAUUUUCAUGUAUGAGGGCCUAGAGAUUAUCUUCCGUGUGGGUUUGGCCAUCCUGCAGUACAACCAGACUGACCUCAUUCAGCUGGACAUGGAGGGCAUGUCGCAGCAUUUCCAGAAGGUGAUCCCCCACCAGUUUGACAGCUGUCCGGACAAGCUGAUCCUCAGGGCCUACCAGGUCAAAUACAACCCCAAGAGGAUGAAGAAACUGGAGAAAGAAUACACCACAAUCAAGAACAAAGAAAUGGAGGAACAGAUUGAGAUUAAGAGGUUACGCACAGAAAACAGGCUGCUGAAGCAGAGGAUCGAGACGCUGGAGAAGGAGAGUGCUGCUCUGGCAGACAGACUGAUACAGGGUCAGGUGACGAGGGCGCAGGAGGCCGAGGAGAACUACGUGAUCAAGCGGGAGCUGGCGGUGGUGAGGCAGCAGUGCAACACGGCCAGCGAGAGCCUGGAGAAAGCCCAGGACACCAUCAGAGAGCUGCAGCAGCAGAAGUACACGGAGCAGUUUGUGAGCAACCUGCAGACCCAGCUGGAGCAGUCGAGGCUGCGCGAGGCCGAGUUGCUCGGAGCGCUGAAGGAAAUGCAAGACAAAGUGUUAGACCUGGAGAAGAGGAGCAGCUGCCUGCCGGAUGAGAACAACGUGGCGGCCCUGCAGGAGGAGGUGAAGCAGAUGAAGCUGAGGGAGCUGGAGACACUGCGCUCCUUCAGAGAGAUGCAGGACACCGUCACUGAGCUGAACCAGCGCUGGCAGCAUCACAUGUCCCGCGGCAGCAGCACCGGCGGCGGCGGCGGACACUGGAAGGAAUCCCCGAAGAAGAACGCCAUGAACGAGCUGCAGGACAAACUGAUGACAGUGAGACUGAGGGAGGCUCAGGGUCAGGCUGAGCUCCGAGAGGUCAAACUCAAAGCCCUGCAGCUGGAGAGCCAGAACCAGAUCCACAGCAAACUGAUCGGUCGCCACGAGCAGGAACGAUCCGCCCUGCAGGACCGGCUACAGAUGGUGGCCAAUCAGAACAAAGCUCUGCAGGCCCAGCUCAACGAGAUGAAAAGGAAGCAGGCCGAGUUCGACUGCAAGAGUAAGGAGGAGGUGAUGGCAGUGCGGCUGAGGGAAGCCGACAGUAUGGCUGCCAUGGCUGAACUCAGGCAGAAGAUCGCUGAGCUGGAGAUACAGAAGGAGGAAGGGCUGAUCCAGGGCCAGCUGAACCACUCAGACUCCAGACAAUACAUCAACCAGCUGCGGGACCAGAUCACUGAGCUCAAGAACGAGAUCAGGCUGCUGCGAGGGCAUAGGGCGGCCCCCAGCUCCAGGGUCACCAGUGGUGGAGGAAGUACCAACUACCAGGAUCUGUGCCUGGCCAGCCCUGCCUCCGCUGAGGGCGACUACCUCAGCUCAGAUGAGGACCUCCUCCCCAGCCCACUGCCCGCCACCGCCCUCUACCCCACCCUGUCCGGCCCGUGUCACCCGUCCGCCCGCCUCGACAGCGAAGGCAGCACGGACAGCGAGGCGGAGGAGCGAGUUCAGACGCAUCCGGACCCACAGCAGCUAUAUGGCAGCAUGGUGUGUGCCGAGGCGCUGGAUAACUGAGACCUGGAGGAGGGUGCAGUGAUUUCUUUGGAUUUCUUUGACCUAUAGAGACACUGGAGCUCUGCAGGACAAACUGCUACAAUAAACUGGGAUUGUACUGUCCAUCCCAGUCCUCCUCCUCCUCCUCCUCAUCCUCCUCCUCCUCCUCAGCUUUUCCGGUGUUUACCUUUUACUUGAUGCAGACAUAGUGGCAUUGAUUGGACCUCUUCUGAUCAUCACUACCUGUUGUCUCUGCUCCCGUUACCGUCUCCUACCACCUUGUUGCCCACAGUGUCCGAUCCUGUGUUCCCCCGACAGAGAGGUAAUGUAAAGCCUCUCUCCUUGUUCCCAACGUGUAAUUGCGCCAGAAACUGUCCGUCGAAACGCAUAUCCAUCCAAACACGACACACACACACGACAUGCAUACACACAAAACACACUGAAAAACUGGACCAGCGCGACCGCUGCUGCUCGAGAUCUACCACUGGACCUGAAUCUGUGACUGUGGCGAGGAGUGAACGAUGGGUAGACAGACAGGAAAAUAACUCCGCCCUCUCCCUGUAAACUGAAUAAUAGACACUUGACACACUGUAUACUCUGUCUGCCCUUAUAUUACUCUCCUUCCUGAUUGGUUCAGAAUUAAAUCCGUUGUAAUCCCCUUC